AAUUAUUGCAGUCCACUCACCUUUGUCUUCUCUUCUCACAAAUUUGACACCAAACACAAAAGCAGAAGCACAGAAGCACACCCAACUUUGACCACACACACGGAUCUAUCUACCGUAUCCCAUAUUAGUUAAUAAAUAGUACAGGAAUGACAGGAGAAACCAUUGCGCUCUUUGGCGCCACUGGAUGCACGGGCAAACACUUUUUGAGCACUCCAUGAAGGCUUUCAAGUGAGAGCCGCGGUUCGCACGGUAAACAAAGUACCAGACGAUCUGCGAGAAAAGGAAUCCCUGACCAUCGUUCAAGGCAGUUUUACACAAAAGGAAAUCAUUGCCCAAACCGUCCAAGGAGCUGAUUAUGUGGUAGUCAUGGCAGGAGCACCGGCUGGAAAGCCAAAGGAUUAUCCCAAAGAUCUCAUGCUGAACUUUGUGACUACACUGACCGAGGUGAUUCGAGAACAACAGUCACAAUCAUCAUCUACAUCCGUCAAGGUCGUUCUCUAUCAAGCCGAUGCCUUUUCGCCAACACCGGAUCGACCACUCACCAUUGUCAAUUCUGUCGUCAAGACUGUACUGGGGAAAUGGAUUAUGGGAAUUGGUCCCAAUUGUGAAGACAAUACCAACGUCGUCCAGUACUACUACGACAACGCCAAUGCGCUAGGAUUCAAAUUCAUUGUCUCCCGACCAGCAGCACUCAAUGACAAACAAGGCGAUACGGAAGAAUUGAAGGCAGAUCAUUUCUCCUCGACCAAUUUCCCAAUCACCCUGGCCGAUCUGGCCGUUUGGACAUUAAAGGCACUUCAGGAUAGCUCCCUGUAUGGAACAUUUCCCUUUGUCGUGCCAGUGGAUCAGGAUAUUCUGCCCCACAAGAACAAACCAGACAUCACUAGUCCUACUAUUAUGGAGACAAGCAAGGUGGAAGACAAGCAAGUGACGUAGCGGCGAGGGAGAAUGUACAUGUACUACGUAUCCAAUCAAGCUACUGGAACCAGCUAUAGAACAAUAAACUGUAAAUGACAAUGACGAUCUUCUAUGCU